GUUAAAGAAAAUAUCUAAGAGUUGGGGGAUCGUUUGGAUCUCUUGAAGAGUGUAAGAACCCCACAAAAGACAUUGAUGUAAUUAGUCCAUGCAUGUGGAAAUUAUUAGCUCAUUCUUCACGUGCCCUGUAAGGUUUUUACCUCUCCCACUUUGCUAGCUUGCAAUUCGCAUGCUCCUUUCCUUUUAUAAGAACCCAUUUGGAUCGAAGAUCUCUUCUUCCCGUAUCGGAUCAUGUUCUUAGUGCUUAACACAGCUCUUUUUGUCAUGUUUUCUAUGGCUUUGUAGUGUAUCAAACAACCUUAACUUAAUUCUUUGUCUUGAUUUCAUACUAUCUUCUUGCAAUGAGGAGGGAUAGCAACUUGGAUCUUUGCCUUUCUCCAAUGGCGCCUUCUUCAUCUUUGCCGUCGGCUAGUUCCCAUCAAAACUUAAUGGAUGAGCCGGCAAUGCGCCAACAACAUCUCACAAUCUUCUACAAUGGAAGGAUUAGUGUUUGUGAUGUGACUGAAUUUCAGGCUAGAGCAAUAAUAUGGCUAGCAAGUCGAGAAAAGGAAGAGAGAAGUAACACUACAAGAUCCAACCAAGCACCGAAACCUCUGCAUUCUCAGCUCCAUAGCCCUCCUGGUCUUUCAUUGAAGAGAUCUCUCCAAAGGUUCUUGCAAAAGAGAAAGAAGAGGGCCGAAGCGAUCUCCCCAUAUAGACAAUGAUAAUGGCUGAAAUAAUUGUGGGGGAAAAUAACCUCAAUUCCCAAUUCGAUGAUUACCAUGUUGUUGAAUAAGAGAAAUCUCAUUGAUUUUCAAGUGUAUAAAAGUACUCUAGUGUAGCUAUGAUUCUUGAGAGGAGGAGCCAUUUGUAAUGUUUCCAAAUCCUUUCCCUUCUCUGAUUCCUGUUUUGAUAAUAGUUAUAAUUUAAAAAUUAUGAUUCUUUUUUAAAUGUAAUGAAAGGGGUUGAAACCAUAGAAUUUUAUGGUAUUCGAAGAA